AUGACCGAGAGCGCAGAUACCUACUUUGAUCCCGAUGAUGUUGGUCUGCCCAAAAGUCCAUUGUUCAAGCCGUUGAAUGUCAGUACCAGACCUUCUCCCCCCGAGAUUUAUCUUCCACCUGAUAUCAGUCCUGGAUCCGGGCCAGGCGGUCGCAAAGGCGCCAAACAAUCAAACAAUUGGCCUUGUCCCGGUACUGCCGUGUUGAUUCGGCAUAUGGCAGAAGGAAAACAUCCAGACAUUGAGCAGAGGGCUGGGAAUGAGGCUUUACCUUCCGACGAGGACGAGGACAAGGGCGAUGAAAGUCCCGUCAGAGGCACUGCCGUGGAAGUCCCCGGGCGUAAUCUAUCCCCUGGGCCAGCCGAUUUUAAGAAAAUGGCAGCCGAUGCGGUUGAUAUAUUGGAUAGCAAGUAUCCAGAGUAUUUGAACGAGUCAGUAGGCUCCACUGGUGAAGCUGUCGCAGAUUGUAAGGUACUCGCAAAUGCCAAUGCAAACGCACAAGCGCGGAGCCCUACAACCGCAAUCAAAUAUACAUACCAUCCUGUUGAUCCAUAUCCAAGGACUAAGAUAGAAGUGAAUAUCAAAGUGGAAACUCAAUCUACCCCGGCCAUCGGUGAACUGCCACCUAUGCGCCAUGCUCCUCAGUCAGGCGCCUCAAAUGGCAAUGGAAGUCAACAGAUUACAUUACCAUCCCUAAGUGAGCAAUUUGGGAGUUUGGGAAAUUUUGCAGAACCAAUAACCACUCCAAAUGAAACAUCAUACUCCCAUUCUCCGGGAAGAACAAUUUCACGAUUCCCUCCUGGGCCUGGAGCAACGUCACCAGCUAGAUCUCCGAAUGAUCCCCGUGGAGAUAUGGUAUCUCCGGGGAGACAACCAUAUCAAUUUAUGACAAACAAUCCCCGGAGAGCUUCACAAUCAAAUGGACCCCAAAAUGUAGCUCCUGGGGAUUAUAGCAGCAGUAGCAAUACUGAAACUCCAAGUACAGAUCAAUCUGGCUCGACUCCUGCCGCAGUGGCAAUAGAUCGUAUGAGUAUUGAUGGUAUUACGAAUCCACAAGUGGGCGGUUAUCAGUGCAAUUAUGCUGGCUGUACUGCAGCUCCUUUUCAAACACAGUACUUGCUUAAUUCUCAUGCAAAUGUACACUCCUCAAAUCGACCGCACUACUGCACGGUCAAGGGAUGCCCUCGAGCCGAAGGCGGAAAGGGUUUUAAACGAAAAAAUGAAAUGAUCAGACAUGGCCUCGUUCACGAUUCCCCUGGCUACGUGUGUCCCUUCUGUCCGGAAAGAGAACACAGGUAUCCUCGACCGGAUAAUCUCCAAAGACACGUCAGGGUGCAUCAUACAGAUAAAGAUAAAGAUGAUCCGCAACUGAGAGAAGUACUCGCGCAAAGACCAGAGGGUCCUAGUAGAGGAAGACGGCGUAGAGGAGGUAGUCGAUAG